AUGCCCAAAACACUUACCCUAAUUCUCUUUGAGCAAUCCAAAUAUUUCCCCAACAAUACCGCGCACUGGGGCCUCCUUCUUCGAGAGCAUGGUUUAAAAACUGGCGAACUUUUCCAUGCCGGUAAGGGAUCACUGAUAACUGGGAUGACGAGAUUCGAGGUUAUCCCAGAUGUGGAACCGGUAAACUCCUCGUCAAUCCGAGCCUCGGUUGAAGUCGCCGCAGAGCUUCACCUUAGCAACCACGAGCUCACGGCGAUAUGCAAAGAAGUGGAAAAGGGUCGCCGUUUCGAUCUUAUUGUCAAUAACUGCCAGAGAUUCUGUGCCCAGGUUUUGGAGCGCCUCGUUGCAAACGGAACCCUUACCCAAGCCCAAUACGAUGCACUAGCUACGAAGGGAUUUCGACCCCUUGUCUAG